AUGGCCUCCCCAGAAAUUGCCUUCAAAAUAUCCAUCCCGGACGACAAGCUCAAGCUCCUCCAACAAAAGCUUGCUCUGGUGACCUUCCCAGAUGAGCUUGAAGACUCCGGAACGAAGUAUGGCGCGCCGCUGAAGGAUAUCAAGCGUCUGGUUGCUCGGUGGCAAGACGGCUUCGAUUGGCGGGCCCAAGAAGCCGCUCUCAACGCGGAGCUCCCUCAGUUCACUCGUGAUAUCGACGUCGAAGGUUUUGGAGUGCUGAACAUUCAUUAUGUGCACAAGAAGAGCGAGGUCGAGGGUGCUGUACCGUUACUGUUCGUUCAUGGAUGGCCAGGAAGCUUCAUCGAAGUACGAAAGAUUCUCCCCCUGCUGACCGCAUCAUCACCGGAACACCCGAGUUUUCAUGUUGUUGCGCUGAGCUUGCCGGGUUAUGGAUUUUCUGAGGCAAGCAAGAAGCAAGGAUUCAAGCUCGCGCAGUACGCUGAGGUCGCUCACAAGCUCAUGCUGGCGCUCGGUUACAACGAAUAUGUUACUCAAGGUGGAGAUUUGGGAGGCUUCAUCACUCGAAAAAUCGCUCUUGUCUAUGGUGGCCAGCAUAGCAAGGCCUGGCAUACCAAUAUGCCCUUGCAUGUAGGUCGUGCCCCGACUCUGUACGAGCCCGUACUAUACCUCCGCCACCUCUUGACACCGUAUACAGCUGCGGAGAAAGCCGGGAUGGCGCAGUCUCAGUGGUUCAACACUAAAGGAUCAGGCUACUUUGCAGAACAGUCUACUCAGCCCCAAACACUGGGAUAUUCACUCGCCGACUCUCCAGUAGGUCUUCUUGCGUGGAUUUAUGAGAAGUUGGUCAACUGGACGGAUGCGUACCCUUGGGAUGAUGAUGAAGUCUUGACAUGGAUAUCCAUCUAUUUGUUCUCGAGAUCAGGACCUACGGCGUCCAUACGCAUAUAUUACGAGGUUUUUUCAUCUGACAUGGGUGUCUGGGGAGAAAAACCUACUAUUCCCAAUGGCUUGUCGUACUUCCCAAAGGAACUUAUGGCUGUUCCCCGUAUCUGGACUCGUACCACUGGUAACAUCGUUUUUGAAUCCGACCAUACCGGUGGCGGGCAUUUUGCGGCGCAUGAAAAACCUCAAGAGUUGGUGGAUGAUGUGAGGAAGAUGUUUGGGAAGGGAGGGUCUGCAUUCGGGGUUGUUCCUGGGAAGACUGGUUAUAGGUGAGAAAUGCGGGGAGACAUUCGAUAUUCGACUGAUGGGCCUUCCAAGUUGUGACAACCAGGCCCCCAGGACGAAGCUGUAGUUUGUAUAUGUGAUAUUGGAAUGUAACGGUGUCUUAUCAAGAUUUCCAUUUGUCGCGCGGCGCAUAAACAUCCUUCAUCCAAGGUGUAUUCCAUGCUCAGUCGGACUCCAAGGAAUGCUUCCCUUUGAACUCCUUCAUAAGACACCGGGACCAACUUCUAGGGGCUGUUGCAAAUGAGUUUCAUGGCUAGCAGGAUUUGCACCUGUCAUGAGCUUCGGGUGUCAUAACCUAGACACGGACCAAUGCAGAAUCAAUUCAAGUGUCAAUGUAGUACUCAUCUAGAGCAUCGUAGCGUUUUCCUCAGGUUCAGCUCUGGUCAUUCCAGUGUCCAC